CUGAGUCUGUACUUGGGCUUGGGUCACUAGUACAAGACCAUCACUUCUUAGUACGUGAAAUAGAGGAGCUAGUGCAAUCAAAUCAAAAAACAUCACAUUUUGCUUUUUUGUUCACGAAGUUACAGCGUCCGAGCCCUAGUUCUUGUUCAUGCGUGAGUAGGCAUGAUUUGUGAUUUUGUGAUAUGGCUGAGGUUGCAGUAGUUGUUAUUCAAGUACAAGAACUAGAACGAGGACCACCAGUAUUUUCAUCACCCGGAGGCUAUUAUCUGCCGAUGAUAAUUGGGAACAUCAACAUGCGUACAAGAAAAAGAGAAUGAAGAGCUGCUGAAAAAUCGUUGUGGAAUUAUUGACUCUCGUGCUGUUCGUCAUACUCGUAUUCCACCUUCGUUGCGCUUGCGACACGACCAGCACGAACACCUCCCCGUGGAGCCAGGUGGGAAAUUUCUGGGUUUUCCCAGUAAGCGUGGAGGAUAACAUACACAACGGACAUUUGUACUUCCUCUAAGAAGAACUAGAACGGCAACGGGGCCUCGACAAUCACCCACGAGGCUGAAAUCCAACGAUUGGAAAGACGGGAAGAUUCCUUUACGCUAGUUCUUGCUGGCCAAGAACCACAAUCUCGACAAAAUGGCUCUCGCAGUCCGACAACAAGAGGCCGAGCACGACUACAGUGCUGGUCCGAACACUAAAAGGCCCAAGUACGAACUGACGCCCGCACUGGAACAGGCCCUCAUCCAGGUUCCACAACAUGAGAGGCUCACUGGUCUCGCAGGACCAACUAUGCGGCUCAUCGGACACGGUGGUGAAGUCUUCGGCUGCGAAUUUAGUCCGGAUGGAAAGCGCCUUGCGAGUUGCAGUUUCGACAAUAAAAUCUUCCUGUGGAACGUGUAACAACACUAACCUCUUCGAUUAUUUGAAAUUAAAGACAUCAUCAUGCAUGGGAGUACUACUUAAUGUAAACCACAUGAUGUCAUCAGGUUCUUGUGCUCAAUUUCUUCUACUUGGAGUUAAAACUGAUUUUAAGGCAGCUAGCUUUAGCAAGAAGUGUUAUAUGCGCUCUUGCAACUACAACUACUUGCCGUUGCCUUACUUUUUCCUUCUUACUUACACUGAAUAUCAAAAUUUCACAGCUAUGGCGACUCAGAAAACUAUGGCUGUCUCGAGGGACACGCCAAUGCUGUCCUCGAGGUUCACUGGAGCAAAGAUAUGAGCUCGAUAUAUAGUUGUUCAGCCGACAAAUCAGUAGCAGUCUGGGACGCAGAGACAGGACAGCGGAUAAAGAAACUUAAGGGCCAUUCCGAAAUUGUCAACUCCGUGCAGGUAUUACUUUUACCUUCACAUUUUGAUUUUUCCAAAUACUGCACUCACAUUGCUUCUUCUUGCUUUUCCUUGUACUACACAAAUUCAAUUGAAGAUGUUGAUGUUCACAUACCUUUCACAACGACGACCACUUCCAAACCUCAGUGCUCACGAUCCGGUGAGCCAAUGCUGUGCUCAGGCGGAGACGACGGCUCAACCAAAUUAUGGGACUUGCGAACGAAGAGGUGUGUCCACUCUUUCGAUCACAUGUAUCAAAUUCUGGCUGUUUCAUUCGACGCUCGAACGCAGAAAAUUUUCGCAGCGUCCUUGGACGAUACUAUUAGGGUACACUGAUAGUCUAGGAUGAUUUACUUAUAUAUACAUGUAGAUACUUAGAUUUUUUUUGAAGAUUAAUAGAAAGGAGGCGAAAUAAAUCAUGAAAUAUGAUAUACUAGAUGAUCUGUUUAACCUCCUUUCCUCCAUUAUAGCGCCUUGUGGUCAAGACACCGUGACUCUUCCUUGAAGAUGCGACUUUUGCUAUUGUCAAAAUUUUUGCCAUCCUCAUAUUAAUCAAAUCACUUCCCAUCAAGGUCUUUGACGUGCGAACACGCGCUGAAGAAGAGCUUUAUGUCCUCAAGGGACAUACAGAUUCAAUUACAGGCAUCGAUCUUAGUCCAGAUGGCGAGAUGCUGAUAUCCAACUCUAUGGAUCAAUCCGUGAGGAUAUGGGACGUACUGAUUUGUCUUUGUUUUUCGACUCACUUUUACUCUGUAUCGAAAUUUCUGUAAUCUUGUAAUUUUUUCAUGAAUGUUCUUGUCGAGCAUCCUCGUAUAGUUCGUUGAAGAUAAAAAUGAUCAGGAGUAAGUAGGUCAUAAGGCCUCGUCAGGCUCAACAAGAUCAUUUCGCUUUCUCCAAUUUCAGGUCCGUCCCCACAUCCCUUACGGCGAGUCGCGAUGCAUCGGAGAAGUUAGAGGCCACCUCCAUAACUAUGAGAAGAACCUCCUCCGCUGUCGAUGGAGCGCGGACGGUACACACUUCGCCAGUGGUAGCGCAGACAGAAACGUGUACGUAUGGAGCGCGAACUCAAAGCAGCUCGUCUACAAACUUCCAGGGCAUGACGGAAGCGUCAACGACGUGGCUUUCCAUCCAAGGGAGCCAAUUCUCUGCUCCGGAAGCAGCGAUAAGACGCUUUUCAUGGGGGAACUGGGGGAAUAAGUCUACUGCACCUCACAUCGCUUGUCGCUGUCACUCUUGGAGCAGAUAGUAGAGUACGACAUUAUAAUGAAAGUUUCAUCCAAUGUUCUCAAUCUCAACAUAAUUGAAUGCUUAACAAUUUCCCCUUGUUUCAUAAGCACCAUAUGCUAGAGCAACCUGUUGCUCCUGUGCUUGUGUGCUACCCCAAAUUUACAGUCGUCCUCUGCUGUCCCUAAAUUGGCAAAUAGUACUUGUCAAAGUGGACGACUAGUUUCACUUUCAACGCAAAGACCAGUUUCGGGAGCACUAAAUGAUUGACGAUACAACUCUUCU